GCCUGUCCCGCUGGCGGUACCGGGGGGGACGCGCCCUCAUUGGCAGGGCGCGGGCAGAGCUACUGCCCCGCCUGGGAGGGGGCAGGCGGCUAGUCCAGCGGGGUGUCUCGUGCUAGGACCCGUCAUCCACCUGCUCCCCGCUGACUGGCUGGGGGCAGCGGCUGCCGCUGGCCAACCCCCUGCCCUUUUUGCCACGGACAGGGGCGUCGUGUGCCCCCCAGCCCGCCGACACCUCUCCGGAUAAGCGAUAUGGCAACAGCUUCGCUUUCGAUCGACCUCUCUACCCCUCCCCCGGCCCCUGCGCAUCUUCCUCGAAAAUGUUUGUGUACUUAUGGGGAUACCUGUAUAGUAACUUCUUCCGAUUUUGGCUGAAAUGGAUCUUGAGGCAGCUCACUGGAAAAUGUGAAUUACAGCGUAUCUUUGGUGGUUCAAAGGAAGGUUCACAACGGACGCUAAAGAUAGAGUACUCAUUGGGAUUAUCAAAGAGUAAGGUGUUAAGAAAUGCUGUACAUGUUAGUGAAGCUGAAGUGGAAAAAUGUGUCCUGGGUAUAAUGAAAGAAAAGAAGAUUAAUAUACAGAAGGAUACAGGUUUUAAGACAAGCCUGCAGGUAUGUUUGCUGCAGAUAUCUGGUUAUAGGAAACUUUAUUUGGAGGUGGAAAAUCUGAGGAAAGUUCCAUAUGAUUCAGAUAACGAAGAACAUGAAAAGCAACUAAUUCAGCUUUGGAAUUUGCUGAUGCCUCAUGAAAAUCUGAAGGCUAGAAUCACCAAGCAGUGGUGUGACAUUGGUUUCCAAGGUGAUGAUCCCAAAACAGACUUCAGAGGAAUGGGCAUGCUGGGAUUAGUUAAUCUGGUGUAUUUUAGUAAACAUUACACCAGUGAAGCUCGACAGAUCCUCUCUCGUUCAAAUCAUGCAAAAUUGGGAUAUUCCUAUGCAAUAGUUGGGAUCAAUUUGACAGAAAUGGCUUAUAGUUUACUAAAGAGUGGUGCUUUAAAGUCUCAUCUCUACAACUUGGUUCCUGGAUUGCCACAAAUGGAACACUUCCAUCAGUUUUAUUGUUAUCUGGUUUAUGAGUUUGACAAAUUUUGGUUUGAAGAAGAACCAGAAAGUAUUAUGCACUUCAACCAUUAUAGGGAGAAAUUCCAUGAAAAAGUUAAAGGUCUCCUUCUGGACUAUAACCUAGUACUAACCUUACAGAAUAUAAAGAAACCAUAGCCUUAUCUGCAGUCUACCCAGUUCUGCUCAUAAAAUGGAAUUAUGUAUUCUCAUGGAAUUCUCACACUUACUUCACCAAAAAUUUUUGUUUAAUGAUGUCACUUUUUAUACAUAUAUUUUUGAAAAAGCUCAAAUUCAGUUAUGAAAGCUUGGACAAUCAGCCACUGUUUACAGGUCUUAUAUGCUAUUCUCCAAAGGAAAGCUUUUUUUAAAAAAAUCCUGUAUUGAAUCGUUUGCCCUCACAACUUUUUUACACCUCUUGGUGCAGGAACAUGAAACAGGUAUUUAUGCUGCAUUAUGUUAUCUUCACUAUGUAACCUAUUACUAGGUUCCUUUUACACCAUUAACUAUUGAUUAGUUGUCUUUAGGAGGGGAAAUUGCUUUUGUUUUAGAUUUAUUUCUCAAAUCCUGUCCCCUUGUUGUUUAUCUGCAUAUAGCUUGUGGUCCAUAAAAACGUUAAACUUCUCUGUGUAAAGAAGUCCAUGAAGAUGAUGUAACUUAUUUGUGACUUGGAAGAGGCAGCUUCAUUUAUUUGUAUUUACACACAAGAACAAACAUUGUUCUGGUUGAAAUGAUCCUCCCUCCAGGAAAUAAGUACCCACAACCUUGUGCCUGGAAGGAACUUUCCUCAGAAAUAAUAACGAAAUAGUGUAAGGCCAAAGUCCCUUUUAAUAAGGAGAUCUUUCAUGUCACAUGCUGCCAUAAUAUUUGCAGCUCUCAAUCCCUCCUCUUUCAGUUUGAGCCUGAAAAACUGGAGUCAUCUUUUUUUUGUUGUCCCAUUCUUCCUCACCCCCCCACGUUUUCUGAAUGGGGAGUGAUAUCUAGGAGAAAUCCUUAACCUCUUUUUGUAGUUUGUUCAUUAUUUCCCACAAAACUUUGUUGUGGCUGCAAUCCAUGAUUUGUGAAGGUAGCUGGAACUCUUCUUCACUUCAUCCAUACUUCCAAGGAAGUAGGGGUGCACCAUUAAUAGGAUAAAAGCAUGUUUCCAGAUUUGGCUAUUCUAGACAAUCCAGGCACUAGGAGUUGGUACCUAUAGCAGUUUGUGAUGAUAAGCAUUGUUUAAAAAACAAAAUAAGUUCAGGCCAAGCCUGUUUAACGUUUUAAAGACUACUAUUUAAAUAAAGUGCCUUCUGCUAAAUUCAA